CAAAAUUUGACGUCUACAAAAAAAUAACAAUAUUUUUUUUAUUUUAUAAUUUUUUAAACAAUUUACAAGCUUUGAAAACGUAUGUUUGCUCGUAGGCUCUUAUCAGAGGAUCGUAAAUAAUUCCUAACAAUACUGAUAAAGGUAAAACACUGAACUCUUUGCUAUAUAGCCGCUGACACAUUAAACCAAGUCUUAUUGUCAGCCUUUAAGGGAUAUUAUUAAUUUGAAAAGUGGUUUAAAAUGGAUAAAUUAAAAAGGGUUUUGAGUGGAAAUGAUACCCCCGAUGAAGAGAGCGGAAUCAUGUCUCAGCUAAAUGAUGCAUCAACCCUAAGCUGGUCCACAAGAAUCAAAGCAUUCAUCGCUUGUUUCAUAAUAGGGAUUCUCCUCUCACUCCUGGGAUCUUUCGCCCUAUUUUUCAAAGGAGGUCUAAAUGUGUUCGCUGUAUUUUACACAUUGGGCAACGUAGUGUCCUUACUCAGCACCUGUUUCCUAAUGGGACCAUGGAAUCAAAUCCAGAAAAUGUUCCAUUCGACCAGAGCCAUAGCCACUUGUUUGGUCUUAGCGAGUCUCGUGAUGACCCUCGUGUCGGCUGUGGCAUGGCACAAUCCUGGCCUCGCUCUAGUUUUUAUUAUAAUACAAUCGUUAUCGAUGACGUGGUACUCGCUCUCUUACAUCCCUUAUGCCAGGGACGCCGUGAAGAAAACCAUUUCCGCGUGUGUGGGAUAAGGAACUAACCAAUGAAGUAUUUAACUUUUAGACAAUAUUUGUAUUAUUAACUCUUUAAUUCUUUAUUGCAUGAAAGAAAAAGUGCAAAUGAUGGGUUAAGUGUGAGCAACAAUUUUAAAAGCAGCACAAUAUGUCGUCAAUAUUUUAAAUAGUCUAUAUAUUAUAUUCCUCUAAAGAAUUACUUCAUAUUUUCAUAUAUAAAUGUUUACUAAUAAUUUUUAGGUUAAUUAUGUGUAUUUUGGAGGCCAAGAGCUUAUAAAGAGACUGCAUGUAGGAAAUGUACUCAUAAAUUAUGUUAUCUUUAUAUAAUAAAAUGUAUUUAUUUUAAACAAA